CUUUCCUUGGUCGCGUUCUCGCGAGACGCGCCGCUUUCUCGGCCGCGCCGGCGUAUGGUUGCUUAGCAACGCAGGAGAAAUAGAAGCGGCGGGCUCUGGGCUGCAGGUGUCAUGGCGGUUGUCAGCAGUCUGGUUCCCGCUCGCUUCCUGACGCUGACGGCUCACCUGGUCAUUGUCAUCACCAUAUUCUGGUCACGGGGCAACAAUGUCCUCGCCUGUCUACCUGUGGAUUACACUCAAGACCAGUACAACGCUGCUGAUACCCAGUUGAUCGUGGCUCUGUCUGUGACAUUGGGGAUGUUCGUCAUUGAACUCGCUGGAUUCUUCUCUGGGGUGUCUAUGUUCAACAACACCCAGGGCGUCCUCUCCAUCGGAGCCCACGUCAGCGCCAGCGUUGCUCUUCUUUUCUACCUGUUUGAGGGCUGGACGUGCGCCGUGUACUGGUGGAUAUUUGCUCUGUGCAGCGCCCUCCCGGCCCUCACAGAGAUCAUCAUCUUCAUCGCUGUAUUGGGACUGAAGCGGAAGCCCCUGUGAUGUCCCGUAUACAAGGCGGACGAUGCUAUGUGAUCGCCAUCCAACCUGCGGCCCAAACCAUCACCCUACAUGGGGAAUCCAGCUGACAAUCCUAAGACUGGCCAAUGGGAACCAAGUUUAUCCAUGUAUGGUCGGCCCAACAUAGUUUGAAGAUUUGUGGGGUAUUGGCUGAUAUCUCCAGACCUGCAAACUGAGGUGAAGCUGCAGGCUCUCAGGGCAUGCUGGGACUUGUGGUUUUACCACAGCUUAAAAGACAAAUGUAGGAGACCAUCGCUGUAGGUUGAGGCAAUGCAGGCACAAGGCCAGCAAUAGAAGUUUUUCACAAUGUUUUCUACUUGUAUUUUUUUUUUACAAAUAUUUUUCUGUUUUACUUUUGCUACCAAUAACUGUACAGUAAUGAUUGACUUUUCUAUGACUUUUUACAUUAUUAUGAUGUACUUUUUUUUUUACAUUAUAAUGAAUUUAUAAAUAUAUUUAUGACAAGAUUCCAUGCUGUCUCUGUA